GGUGCAGACCACUCGGCUGCCGCUGCCGACGUUCACGCCGCGCGCAGUAGUGAUGUACAGCGCGUCAGUCGGCGGCGAAGGCUCAGUGGCGCUACAGUUGCGCGAGGCGGGCCCAGGCGACUCUGGCCGAUUUCACGACAACCGCCUAGCUAUAGCAUGCCACGAACCAGAGCUGCUUGCCGACUUCUUAAACGCCAAUGAUAUCGAUGGCGAUAGUGGCCUGUCAGCUCUCUUGGGAGCCGCCUCACCAGACCUGGCGCUAGCGUCUGACGCAUCCGACAGUCUGCCACUGCCAGACCAUGAUAACGACUGCACAUCAACAUCAUCGCUGCUGAGCGGGGUGACGACGGUGUCAGUAGCCGUCACUGGGCUGGACCGGCCGCUCACUAAGAAGGUCCGACCUAAACCAGCGUCGCCUAAUAGACAGGGCCCACAACAGUGCCAAGUUUGCAACAAGAUCUUCGGCAAUGCAUCAGCGCUAGCAAAACACAAGCUAACACACAGUGACGAGCGCAAGUACGUGUGCAUCACAUGUGCGAAGGCGUUCAAGAGACAAGAUCAUCUCAACGGACACAUGCUAACUCACCGCAACAAGAAGCCUUACGAAUGCAAAGCAGAUGGAUGUGGCAAGUCAUACUGCGAUGCCAGAUCGCUGCGACGGCACACUGAGAACCACCAUCAGCCUCCAGCAACAGAAACAAAUAUAGUAUCCACAACAACAUCGAGUGUAAUAACAACAGUGGAUCGUGAAGGGAAUGUGCCUGUGUCCGCGGCUGCGACUACAACCACAGUCGCAACUGUCAACACACAGCGCGUCACAUCCCCCAUCUCACCGCCGCGUAUACAGCCUCCGCAUUCAGAUUCAAGCAAUGGAUCAGAGAAGUCGACCACCCCCCACAGCACGAGCAGUGACACAAGUCCACCUUGUACCCCGCCCGCACCCCCUACUCCCCCUGCGAAGGCCAAAUCCAAGAGCAAGUCCAAGUCUUGUACGACACAUGGCAGUCAGAAAGCUGGCAGUGGAGCAGCCCGAUCCGGUGACAAUAAGCCAGUAGAAUGCAACCUCUGUCAUCGCAGGUUUAAAAAUAUACCGGCGCUGAACGGACAUAUGCGACUUCAUGGCGGAUACUUUAAGAAGGACUCCGACAACAAAAAACUAGACAAGAAAGAAUCUACGGGACCACCAUUACAAACGGCUUCGGUAUCUGUUCGGGCGCUUAUUGAAGAAAAGAUCAUAAGUCGUCGAGGAGCUACUGUAGCUUCUACACCGUCUACAGGUACUACCACAGACUCAGUGUCAUCUCGUGCAGGAUUUGUGGCUCCUGCUCCCCCACCAUUGUCUAACAUCAGACAACCAACGUCCCCAGUCGCAACAUCUUCGCAUUUCGUCUCUCCUCGAGCACCUCCCGUCGUUACCGUCGCUUCAAACGCUCUGACCAACAUUUGCGCCGCGCAAAGAGAAUCUACACUAAUAGAACUAUUAAAAAAGGGGAACAUUAAGGCUGUAAAGCGGUCGGCAUCAGACCCAGGCCAAACGUCACCGCAGCAGCAAGACUUCAGUUUCCGGCCAGAAUUGUUUGGAAUAUCAUUCAAUUCAGAUGAUGGAUACUUUUCACCAGCACUUAAUGAAGACACGUUCCAAUUUACUACAACGCACGACCAAUUAGAGGAAUUAGCCUCAUUGGAAGAUUAUGCAACUGUAGCGGCCUCUAUAAGAGAACGAUCCCCUGUAACGUUUCCAUCCAACCGACGGCUCGCAGCGGUCCUCAAUUCACCUCUACCAGAAUCUCUCGCUGACUUCGGUGCUUGCCAUGGAGGAUCACCGGUUCCGUCACCUGGAAUGGGAUACAGUGCCAAUUCACCCGGUCUUUCUUAUUCUACUGGAGGAUCCCCAGGAUUGUCCUUUACGGCCGCGUCACCAAGUAGUUACUCAAACCAUGCCGAGCCUUCACCGGGCAUGGCUUACCCAACACCUCCUGCGUCACACGAUGCUCACUCGCCAGGGAACACUGCUCCUCGGGCAUCCUCACCUCUUUCAGCUGCCUUUUUCACUGCCACUAUGUCUAGUCACGAAGAGGUUGAGGAAGCUUUAGAAGAAGUGUUACCAGAAGAGUGUCGAUCGUUAGAUGCGUACGCAUUGGAACCGUCGCCAGCUCCGCGUCGUAUUAUGUUAAAUUCAGAGGAUCCUCUCCUUUCAAGCAGUCCACGAGACUUUGCACACCAGCGGCCGUUCCGUCGACAGAGUCGUGUGGGAUCGUCUACUAUAUCACCAUUACAGCAAUGGCAACACGACUCACUUCAAGUGUGUGUGGAGGGUCGGGAUACAGUUCCAGCAGUAUUUUUGAGUCCAAGUAGUGUGCCUGCGUCGCCUCAAAGACGCAAACGUCGAGCUUCCCCGGCUGGUCCGUUCCGAUCUCGUAUACGUCGUACUUCUAGUCACUACAUACCUCCUCCUAUACUGCCUCCGGAUCGAGACGGGUCAGGACUGCUAAUAGAAUGUACUGCAGGUACAGCAACUUCGCAAACCGAUGUUCUCUCUCAACUGGACGAGCCUCGACCGCCACAGAUCAAUAUAGGACGAGACUUCCAAGCUGAACUGCCGGCUCUAUGUAAUGAUCGCAUAGAUCUACAUCGAGUACCAGAACAGCUGUUAUGGGACCCAGGCAUCAACGAUGCCCUAGAUGAUAAUGAAGUGCGUAUGUUCACGGAGCUGGCGAUGUGCGCGGCGAUGCCGGUGGGCGGGCACAGCCGCGAGUUCGCGCUGCAGACGCUGGGCGAGUGCGGCGGCGACGUGCGCGCCGCCACGCUGCGCCUCAUGUCGCGCGCCGACUCGCCCGCGCACACGCACGCGCGCUGGGCGCCGCACGAGGUCGAGGCCUUCCUCGCCGGCCUCGGACACUACGAUAAGGAUUUCUACCGGAUUUCGCAACUGAUAAGAACAAAAGACUCAAAACAAUGUAUACAAUUCUACUACUUCUGGAAGAAGCUCACUAAAGAUUACAAACUGCUGUACCUGCGGAGCUGGGCGAUGGAUCAGCAGGUGUCAUCACAAGGCUCUGUAGGGCAGAUAUCCGCGACAAUCGCCACGUCGUGCACAGCUCCGACAUCGAACUUCGAUACCGAGGAGUUCCCCUGCAAGAUAUGCGGGAAAGUAUUUAACAAAGUAAAAAGUCGUAGCGCACACAUGAAGUCGCACCGGCCACUCGACGCCGAGCCAAAACGGCCAAAACUCGAAAAGCCUUAUGAAAAGGUCGAAAGAUCCGAUGACAGAUCCCACGCGACAGCUGAAUACCAAAGCAAACCGCCCGCGUCCGCGCCCGCUCCCGCUCCCGCUCCCGCGCCCGCCCCUUCCCCCGCGCCCGCGGCCGCUCCCACUCACUGUCCCCCGCAAUAGUAACCGCCCGCACUCGCACCGCCACUCCCUCAGCGACUCGCUCGGACUCGGACUAAAUGCUGACUCGCAAGCAUUUAUUAUUAUAAACAUUAUAUAUUAUUAUAGAAUUAAUUCAAAGUGACCUAGAAAGAGCGACGUAGAAUCUAGUAGCUAGACGAGAAUUCGCUUUGGACAAAUACCUAUUUAAAAAGUAAUCUUUCGGAAUUGUCGUAACUCGUAACUCGUAACGCUAAGCUUCGGAGAGAGCGCAUAAAGAUAUUUUGUAUAACGAUUGAUACAUGAAUAGAUAGCUCUUGGUAAAGUUUUUAUAUGACAGACUUCUCAAUGUGACUUGCAAGUGUGAUGUUGUAAAUAUUGUAGAUGAGUAGUUGGUUGUAUCGCCACGGAUACGUCGAGCGGUCGAGCCGCGAGUUACAGCUGUACGCGAUGUACAGAGCACGUGUGAUACAUAGAUCGUGUAGUAACUACACUACCUCGUUUCUAUUCAAUGUUCCGUUCGGUCGCGAGCCCAGCUCGUUGUUACAUUUGCUUGUUUGCUCAUUAUUUUGUUAAUUUUCUAGUAAUUCGUUUCUAUUUAUUUUUCUAGUCGUAUUAGACAAUUUUAUGUUGAAUGCACUAUGGAUUUCAUUGUAGUUAGUGUAAUUAAGAGAACGGAAUUCAAUUCAGCAUCCGUACCUACUAGUCACAUAUCGAUGUUGAUUCAACACUUAGACGAAAUGUUCACACGAAUAGACUAGUUGAGUCCGUGAGUCGACAGUCGCAGUCGACUGGGAGCCCCAUGGUUGAUACUUUAGAUUGAUCGUAACUAAACAAUGAAUUGAUGUCCGUCACUACUUAGAUGUAACUUAUAUUAUAUUAUUGUAUACUUACUUAGUACUCGCUCCCACUUGACGCCGAGCCGCUCACGGACGCGACAAAAUGGAGGGAUAAUAUUUUUUUACACAAAUAUUAUUGAAUGCUCAAACGUGCUAUAUUUUAUGUUGGUAAUAUUAUUAUUAUCUAAUCUAGUUCCUUGUUGAUCGUUCAGAAUUUGCCAUUAUUUGAUACUUGACAAAUGUAUAGUUAAUUUGUGAUUACUUUCUAUAAGGAUGUGUUGUAAAUGUGUCUACGUGUACCUACGUGUUGUGAUAUACCUUUGUAUGUAUGGUUUGUUUCAUCGUGUUCUAACUAUAAUUUGAUGGUACAAACCGGGCAAUACCUGAACAUUGUUGCUCAAACUGAUUAGCGAAUGUGUCACCGUAGCCUGGCACUCGGUAUAUACAACCUUCACAUCAAGCUAUCCCUUCUCCGAAGUGACAGUUUUCAACUCUAUUCCGUUCGUGAUAAAAUUGAAAAUCUAAACGAAGGCGUAGGGGCAGCUCGAUGUGUCCCGUACAUACUGCUCAGCUGCUCCCAAAGUUGACAAAUUAUUUUCAAAUAACAAAAUACUUCGUGGUUGUGAUGUUUCUUAGUCUACUCUUUUAUUGUCUUCCGAUACUUCUAACUAAAUUAAUUUUGGGGCAGAAUUCCUCGUAAAAGACAUGUUGUAACAAAUUAGUCUUGAAUUUUAUUUAUCUACUGUUGUUAACGACUUCUUGUUUAGAGUAAAAUUAACCAAUAAAUAUUUAUGAUUGCGUGCAACGCGUGCUACACUCAGUAUUAUGGAAGUGGCUCUUAAUAUCUACAUAUAUCGAAGAAUAUUUACGUCUGACUUUUUGUAGAACCACGUCUGUCCUGUAUCGCGCUUAUUGUGUCUACACUGAGAACUAUUGAUGCGGGACAAUAAGCAUUGAUUUCAAAGAUUUUUUAUUAAAUCAAUAUUAGAAAAAUAACUAAUAUAGGUAGUUAAUAUGAAACUAUAAAGACAAAUGUUUCUCUAUAAGUACAACGAUAUUACUGUUUGUGAUAAAUUAUAGUACAUAAGUAACUUUAAUAAUAGAAAGUCUUCAAUGCAUCAGUUCCGUAUCAAAACUAAUUCUCUAUAGACAUUAAAUUCUCUAGAAACUAAAUAGUUACCAUUUAUUUAUUAAAAGAUUCAUCUCAAGACGUAAUAACCGCGGUACUCCACAGACGUUAACCACACGACGCAGGUACAAAGACGUACUAUUUACUUACUUAUAUCUACUUAGAUAGAAUAUACUUUCGUUCUCCUUCCACGGGUACCUGACCAGAGUUCUGCCACACGACAACUACUUAAUUAUAAUAAUAAUAUUGUAACUUAUUCAUAAAUCACUAACUUGCGUGAUUAUUUGGUUGUGUUUAUCUAUCUUAACAAUUUAGACGAAAUUUUCUAAUAGUACGUGUUAUUCUAUAUUUUCUAACUCGAUGCCAAUGUUCUGCCAAAUUGUUAGUUAAAAUUAGGUACAAACUAGAACGAAAUAUUACUAAGUGAACAAACUGCCUAAGUUAAAUAGUCGCGUUUCAUUUAGAUUAAGGCAAGGCUUGUACUGAAACCCCAAACGUAAGGCUUUAGUGGCACAAACUAGUUUAUGUUUCAUGUAACAACUACUGUGGAACUAAGGACCGUUUGUGUUACAUCUGAGACCGCCUCGUAUCUUGUAGACCGCAGAUCGAUCGUUCUUUUCACAUUAGGAGAGUACACAGUUAUUUUCUUAUAAAAAAAAGUAAGUCAUACAAAACGAAUGUGUAAAUACUGAAUAUUUUUCCAAAGUACACUAUACCGGAGAUAGUUCUACGUCGUACUCGUAAUACAAUUUAUUAAUGACAAGUCCCUCCAGAAAUAUUUUUAACAAUACUCUAGCCGUUAAGACUGAAAGGUACUUUCUAAAUUCACGUUAAAUUCGUUUAUUUCGCGUAAAUGGACCGACAGCUUUUCCUUUCUCUGUAUAAUAACUGUGCGUAGUGUAGUCCAGUCGUGUCGUCACUAACCCAUUCCAUGCCCAUUCAUACUAGUCAGGGUAUAGCUUUGUAAUGAUGCCCAACUUUAACCAAAGUAACGUAGCGUAGCGCGCCCGCUGCGAGCGCCCCCUAGCGGUCAGUAGGAAACGUCGCUGUAUUCUAAUAGAAAUAUGCACUCACCUAAGUAUUAAAAUUAACUUAAGAUUGACGAUUUAAACAAAACUUAUUUCAACUUAAAUAUAGAAGUGCCUUACAAUUUUAAUUUUUAUACUAUUUUCUUAAUUUAUAUUCGUUUUAAUAUCUAAAAGCACUGGAAAUUGCAUUUAUUGAUCCGCUGUCCGUUCUGCUAGGACAGAACCGAUGUGAGGAUCGCACUGUCGUGUUUUGUUUUAUGUUCGUUUCGUUUCUUUAAAUUAAAAUAUUCUUAGAAAGUAAAAAUUAGAGGUUUAAAUAAAACCAAAAAGACGUUAUUUUUUCAUAUUUCUUUAAAAAUUAGGAACGUCUAUAGUAUUAAAUAUCACAAAGUUCAUGUACAACAUUAUCAGAUAAUCGUAACCCACAAUAACUAAAGGUCAAUUGUAUGAAGAGUCUAAUAACGUGAGGAAUACAUUAUACCAGAUAUUGUAACAUAAUGGAUCGCCAUUGAAUACAGCGCUAAUUAAGUGUAAGUACUAAAUGUUAAUGUAAUACCGAUGUUAUGUUCGCUUGGAUGUUCUUGUAUCAGAGUCCGUUUCAGUCUGUAGUCCUGGCACAUAGUGUAAAUGUAAGUACUUCUGUAUUUGUGUGAACACAUAAAAUGUUACUAUAGUAUUAAUAUUUUGUAAGUCUAAAUGGAUAUUAUAUUCUUCUAAUUUUGUAUGUCCGAGGUGCGCCCGCGCCCGCUCCGGUACUACGUAACGUACUUAAUACGUACUUACUUGUAAUAUAACUGUAGACGAUUAAUGUACACGUGCCAAACGCACGAUAAUUGAUAUUACACUCUGUGUUGUGAUUUUGAAAAUUCUGUAAAUUACAAGUCUUUGAAAAUACUAUGGAAAAUGUAGACACCUUUUUAGAUUAGCACAAUUCUUCGCGUAGACACAUUAGGCCAAAAAUUUACUAAGCAUUUAGAAUUAACGAAGACGUAGGUAUUCAUUGGAAGAUGUAAGUGUAAUGUAUGAAUAGAUUCAUUGUUAUAUUCGAUCAAUGUGAUGAUUCGUAAGAACAACGACUUAACUCGAGUCCUGUACCCUACCGUGCUGGGCGACUCUUCACAACUUCGCAUAUCUUUGAAACAAUAAGUAAUAAAAUUAAUCUCUAUUAUAUAUAUUGAUAAAUUUAUUAGGGUAACUAAUUUUUUAAGACAAUGACUAUUACGUGAUCUUUUAGAUUGUCUUUAUUAAUAAAUAUAUGGUGAAGGUUUUGUCAA